AUGUUCUUGUCGUUAUGGAGACACCAAUUCAAGGCCUUGACAAUUGAUAUGCCGGCUGGAGGAAGGAUAGUGUUGAGCCCACAAAAAACACUAAAUCGGUGUUCAUCUAUCUCCCAUCCCAUCCUAAAUUCCGGAGUCCUCCAGUCCCUUAGCAAUGAGCAGCAUUUCUUUAACUGCUGCUCAUUCUCAUUCAAAAGAAUCCUUGGACAUGGGCACAGCAACAAACUUCCAAAAGAGUACUGGCCUGGCAUCUCUGGAUAUUUGUAUCAGUACCAAGGAUUUUGGUAUCCUUUACCCCCGUUAGAAGGAGUCAUUGCACUUCAACAAAAUUUCCAAGCUCAAACAACUGAUAUUUUCUUGUGCAGUGCUCCCAAAACAGGAACCACCUGGCUAAAGGCCUUGUGUUUUGCCAUUCAAACAAGGACCAUCACCCACGAAAAAUCCAACCCUUUGCUAAGCAAGCUCCCCCAUCUUCUCGUGCCAUUUCUGCAAGUUGAUCUUGCUGAAAACCCGAAGAACGGGGACCUCGAUCAUAACCUUCUCCCGCUCUUCUCAACACACAUGCCCUAUACUUCACUGCCAGAAUCCAUACAGAAAUCGGGCUCGAAAAUCAUAUACAUAUGCAGGGAACCGAAGGCUACUCUUACUUCUUAUGCUCACUUCUCAAACAAGAUGAGGAUGAACAAUGACUCCGAAGCAACAUUAAUCCAACAGCACCGGCUCCAAGACUCGUUUCAGCAGUUUUGUGAGGGUAAAUGUCCAGGGGGGCCGUAUUGGGAUCAUGUUUUGGGGUACUGGAAAGCAAGUCUUGAAAGGCCAGAUGCAGUCUUGUUCCUGAAAUACGAAGGUCUGAAGAAGGAUAUCUUGCUUCACAUCAGAAAAAUGGCUGAGUUCAUGGGAAGACCAUUUUCCGCGGAGGAAGAGGAGCAUGGUGUACCUCAAAAGAUCGCUGAUAUGUUUAGCUUUGACAACUUGAGUAGUGUAGAUGUUAACAAGAAUGGUAAGCACCGGCUUUCUGCUUCGGUCGAGAUCCCAAACAGUGCAUACUUCAGAAAGGGAACAGGUGAUGAUUGGAAGAAUCAUCUUACACAAGAGAUGAUCCAAACUGUUGAUCAGAUUACGCAGCAGAAACUACUUGGAUCUAAUUUGUCCUUCGGACUAGUGUGACCCAAGCAGCUUGUAAAGAUGCACAUCUUGUUCUUGUUUUUUAUUUCUAUUUUCUUUUAGCUAGCAGGAGUUAUAAUGUAAGAUAAAUAACAUCCUCCAUUCUAUUGCUUGUAGAAUGUGGGAGCUGUGUUGUGUGAGUAUUGAACUUUAAACUUCAUCGAUUAAGAGUAUAAUAUAUUUCUGCAUUUGUUGAGCGUUUAA